GGGAGUUCGACUGUGGUGAGAUUUCGGAACAGCUGGGCUCCCAGCCUCUGAGGAUUUUGUAGGUCUCGUUUCCCAUAAGCCUCUGGGUCACUGGGUCCCUUUCAGCGUCCCCAAGUUCUUGGACUCCGCGAGAUUCCUAAGAAGGACCCUGAGGAGGAGGAAAGAAUAGCUGCAUGUAUAGAAAUCGAAGUUCAGAUCAUGAAAAUGUUUGCUUUCCUUGCCCUGAACUAUCCUGGCAAGUAGUAUCUGCCAUGGGUUCUUCCUUCUGCUCUGGCUUUUCUGGACUCUGUGCUUUACCAAUAAAGGAACCCUAUGGAACACUAAGUAAUCCUUGCAAUCAUAGAACCAUGACUGAUAGGUUGGUGACGUUCAGGGAUGUGGCCAUCGACUUCUCUCAGGAGGAGUGGGAGUGCCUGGACCCCGCUCAGAGGGACUUGUACGUGGAUGUGAUGUUGGAGAACUACAGUAACUUGGUGUCACUGGAUUUGGAGUCAACACAUGAGACCAAAAAUACCUUUUCAGGAAAGGACAUUUCUGAAAUAAAUUUUUCUGAAUGGGAGAUCAAGGAAAAAAGUAAAACCCUUGACAUUGUGACAUCCAUUUUCAAAAAUAAUUGGAAGUACAAAAGCAAAGUUGAGGGACUACAGGAAUAUCAAGAAAAAUACUUCAGUCAAAUAAUAAUCAGUUAUAAAAAAAUUCCCACUUACAAAAAUAGUAAAUCUCUUAUUUCCUAUCAAAUAAUUCAUAAUCCAGAGAAAUCUUAUGUUUGUAAGGAAUGUGGGAAGACUUGUAGUCAUGGUUCAAAACUUGUUCAACAUAAGAGAACUCAUACAGCUGAAAAACACUUUGAAUGUAAAGAAUGUGGGAAAGACUUUUUUAGUGCCUAUCAACUCACUGUGCACCAGAGAUUUCAUACUGGUGAGAAACCCUACAAAUGUAAGGAAUGUGGGAAGACCUUUAGUUGGGGAUCAAGUCUUGUUAAACAUGAGAGAAUCCAUACUGGUGAGAAACCCUAUGAAUGUGAAGAAUGUGGAAAGGCAUUCAGUCGUGGCUACCACCUUACUCAACAUCAGAAAAUUCAUAUUGGUGUGAAAUCUUAUGAAUGUAAGGAAUGUGGAAAAGCCUUUUUCUGGGGCUCAAGCCUUGCUAAACAUGAGGUAAUUCAUUCAGGUGAGAAACCUUAUAAAUGUAAAGAAUGUGGGAAGGCAUUCAGCCGUGGCUAUCAACUUACUCAGCAUCAGAAAAUCCAUACUGGUAAGAAACCUUAUGAAUGUAAAGUAUGUGGAAAGGCUUUCUGUUGGGGUUAUCAACUUACUCGACAUCACAUAUUUCACACAGGCAAGAAACCCUAUGAAUGUAAGGAAUGUGGGAAGACCUUUAAUUGUGGUUCAAGUCUUGUUCAGCAUGAAAGAAUUCAUACUGGUGAGAAACCCUAUCAGUGUAAAGAAUGUGGAAAGGCCUUUAGUCGUGGCUAUCACCUUACUCAACAUCAGAAAAUUCAUAGUGGUGAGAAACCUUUUGAAUGCAAGGAAUGUGGGAAAGCCUUCAGUUGGGGCUCAAGCCUUGUUAAACAUGAGAGAGUCCAUACUGGUGAGAAAUCCUAUGAAUGUAAAGAAUGUGGAAAGGCCUUUGGAAGUGGGUACCAACUUACUCGACAUCAAAUGUUUCAUACUGGUGAGAAACCCUAUGAAUGUAAGGAAUGUGGGAAGGCCUUUAAUUGUGGUUCAAGUCUUGUCCAACAUGAGAGAAUUCAUACUGGUGAGAAACCCUAUGAAUGUAAAGAAUGUGGGAAGGCCUUUAGUCGUGGCUAUCACCUUACUCAACAUCAGAAAAUUCAUAGUGGUGAGAAACCUUUUAAAUGCAAGGAAUGUGGGAAAGCCUUCAGUUGGAGUUCAAGCCUUGUUAAACAUGGGAGAGCCCAUACUGGUGAGAAUUUUUAUAAAUGUAAAUGUUGUGGGAAAGCCUUUGGUAGUGUCUAUCGACUUAGUGUUCAUGAGAGUUUUCAUACUGGUGAGAAACCUCAUCAAUGUAAGGAAUUUGGGGAGAGUUACUCUGGCUCAAGCCUUGUUCAACAUGAUAGAACUCAUAGUAAUGAUAAACAACCAUAUAAAUAUAAAGAUGGGGACUUCUUUAUACAGACAGCUUACUCAAAUAAAACAUUUGAUACUGGUGAAACUUAAAGAUUGAAAAGAUGUAAAAACAUUGUUUUGUGGGUGGACAAUUUAACAAAUGGGGAAAUCUUACCCUUGAGAAACCUUAUGAAUGUAGGGAAUGUGCAAAAGCCUUAUCUGUGUAUGGACAAUUUGCUUGAUAUCAGGAAACUCAUACUUAGUGAGAAAUAGUUUGAAUAUAAGAAGUAUGGAAAGGCCCUUAGAUUUCUACAUGAUCUUAUUGAACAUCAGUUUAUAUUGAUUUGAAACCAUUUAAAUGAAAGGAAUAUAUCUUUAUUCAUAGCACAGAGUCUGAGAAGCAUUGGAGAAUUUAUAUUCAUUAGGAACACUUUAAAGAAUGUGGAAAGAACCUAAAUUUAAUUCAGUUCUAUGCACAUCAGAGAAUUUAUACUUCUGUGAAAUCCUAUGAGUAUAAGGAGUGUGGGGAGUGUUAUAGAUGUGGCAAACAUCUUAGGGUACCUCAGAGAAUUCGUCCAAGUGAGAAACUCUUUGGAUAAAAAUGUAGGAACAGUUUUAGACAAAUGCCACUCCAACUGUUGUCUAGAGAUUAGUGCCAGUCUACAAAACUGUUACCCAUCCAUCAUGACAUAAAUGCAGAAAAUGAGAGUAAAUGUUUGAGAACUUUUAUAGCAAUUUAAUGUUACCACAACAUCAUUGCAUUUUACAGAAGUAUCAAUUAGUCUGUGAAUGACUGGAAGUUAAAAGCAAAAGUUUGCCCUCACCCAGAAGUAAUUGAGAAUGUCCACACUUUAAAAACUAUGACACAGGUUAUGUGAUUUAAUCAGAACAAGAAAUCCCUCAUUUGUCCCCUCUCUGAUUAGAAAAGCAGAAUAUUCAUACUAUAGGAAGAUUUGGCUAAUGUAGGAAUUGCAACUUCUUUAUGCCAAUAAAAGCAUAGAGAAUUUGUAUCAAGUAUGUUUACUUAGUAAAUGUAUGGAAACCUUCUAACACUAUUCAGUCUUUGUUAAACUUCAGCAGAUUCAUUCUAGAGAAUAACCCUGUUAAUGUAACAAAGGUAGGAAGCCCCUUAUCCAUGGCAUAACCCAUACUGAUAUAUCACCAAUCCACCUCACUACCUGUGAGAUAUUGGGCAAAAUGUUUGUCCUUUCUGGGCAUCAUCUUUAAUAUGCUGCUAAUGGUAACUAUUUAAUAGUGAAUUGUAGAGAAUGGAUGGGUCUAUAUGCAUCAGGUCCUUGAAGAGUUUCUGGAAUGUAGCCUAUGCUCAAUACAUAUUAGCUGUUCUUAUUAUCCUCAUCGUUAGUAUUAAAUACUAGUGAAUUCUUAGGAGAUGAAUGCUCAUUGGUAUAAUUAAUCUAGAAAAGCUUUUCAUAAACAUUUAUUAAUUUGAACUUCAGAUAGUCCAUUCUGGAUAAAAUUUAACCUAAGAAUAUAAUAACCUAAGAGUAUUUUAAUUCAGAAUUUAUUCCUUAAGCUGCAUAAGAAAUUAAGGGUGAAAAUAAACAUGGAUUUAACAAGUGUUAAAAUGUUGGGGAUAUGCCUGAAGAACCAGGGAGAAGUGUGAAGCAAUUUGCCUCUAAUGAAUUCCAACAGACAGGUAGGCAAUAAUUAAAAUUCUUUGUUUACAUUUCAAAAUAAUUAGAAAUUACAAAGAAAAAUAUUGUCCAUUUGUAAUUUUCCCCCCAAAAUUUCACAACAAUUUUCAGGCAUUCAGAGAAGUCUAAGAAUAGUAUAACAUACUCUCUAUCUAGAAUCAAUAAUUGUUACCAUUUGGCUAUAUUUACUUUCUCCCUCAUACAAUGGACCAUCAUUCAGCUUUAAAAGGGAAGGGAGUUCUGACACAUGCUACAACAGGGAUGAACCUAAAGGGCAUUAUGCUAAAUGAAAUAAUUGUAUCACAACAAGAUAAAUACUGUAUGAUUCCAUUUAUAGAUGUACUUAGAGGAGUCAGAUUUAUAGAGACAGAAUGUAGAGUGGUGGUUGCUGGGGGCUAGGGAAUGAGGAAUGAGAAGUAAUUAUUUCAGUUUUGCAAGGUGAAAAGAGUUCUGGAGAUGAAUGGUGGUGGUGGUUGCACAUCAAUGUAAAUGUACUUUACCACUGAACUGUACAUUUAAAAAUGGUUAAAUGGUACGUGUUCUGUUAUAUAUCUUACCAACAUUUAGAGAGACAAAGAAAAUCCAGAGGUGCACAGAAACGGAGAAUUCCUUCAAUGGAAUCACCAGUAGACUGGGUAUGGCCAAAGAAAGAAUCAAUUAACUUGAAGAUAUGUCAAUAGUCUUCUAAACUGGUCACAAAGAAAAUAAAUGGAGAAAAGAAAAGAAAAACGAUCCUGGCCAGUGUGGCUUAGUGGUUUGAGCAUCAUCCCAGAACCAAAAGGUUGUAGUUUU